AUGGCAACUUUACUAGCUUUUGUUAACGUUUUCAUGCUCUUUUCUUCAACUCUUUUGAUCUUCCAUGUCCAUUUCACUUUAUCUGUCAACACCACCAUGAAAGUUAAACCACUAAAGUUUAAACUUCACCACCCUGAAACUGUAUUCUACACGCCUAAUGCCACCAUUGAAGACCGUGGUGAUCGCUUAUUGAAAGCUUCAAUCAAUCGUUUAUACUAUUUGUCAGCAAGAGCAGGAGGAGGUGAUCCUGAAUAUGAUGCUCUUGCUGGUCUUGUAACCAGUAGAGAACUCGGUCGUGAUGGCUUUUUUGUAGAUUUCUCAAUCGGUGACCCACCCGUUUCCCAGUUUGCUCUCAUGGACACUGGCAGUGACCUUGUAUGGGUCGACUGCUUAACUGGUUUUGAUCCCUCUGAAUCACGCACCUUCGCUCAAUACCCAUGUUUAGCUGAUUGCAAUAAUGGAUGCUCAUCGACCAAUGGAUGCAUGCUCCAGAUUGGAUACGUCGGUGGAUUUUCGGCUGGGGGUGUUAUUGCAAGAGAGAAAUUCACUUUUCAAUCAUCAAGAGAAGGUGAUACAAUUGUAAAUGAUGUGGUGUUUGGAUGUUUCAGGAAGUUUUCUAAAACUAAUAAAAUCUUGCCAGGAAUUUUUGGACUUGGCGAUCUUAGAACUGAAUUCUCUAUUGUCAAGAAAAUGGGCAGCAAAUUUUCCUAUUGUCUUGGCAACAUUUACGAUGAGAGCUACAUAUAUAACCAACUAAGGUUAGGCGAGGGAACAUUUCUGGAAGGUAUGGAAACUCCUCUUUCAAAUUACGUUGGCGUUUACCACGUUGAUUUUGAAGGCAUUAGUUUAGGGGAGACAAGGCUUGAUAUUGAUCCAAAUCUGUUCAAGAGAGGUACUUCUAGUCUCAGAACUGGAGUAGCCAUUGACACUGGCUCUCAUUUGAGUUGGUUUGUCCCAAUGGCAUUUAAAACUAUACGCUCUGAAGUUGCGAAACUCAUUGAUCAGGAGUUCAAGGUGAGGAGGCGAUAUGAAGAAGAACUUUGGGAAUUGUGCUACUUUGGGGACCUAGCCUUGGAUUUUCAAAGUUUUCCUCAUAUGAAAUUUCAUCUGGCUAAUGGUGCGUAUUUGGAUUUAGAUAGUUCAAGCUUGUUCUAUCAAAAGCAAACUAGAGUAUUUUGCUUGGGAAUUGGUCCAAGUAAUGAAAUUAGAUAUCAUAAUUUCUCACUUAUAGGAUUAAUGGCUCAGCAGAAGCAUAAUAUUGCUUACGAUCUUACUGGAAAGAAACUAUAUAUCCAGAAGAUCAAUUGUAGUCUUCUUGAUGAAGAUUAA